GUGGUUUUUUGUGAAACCGAGUAAACAAGUGUCUUUCAUACAACGAAACAGCCAUUAAAGCAAUUUUUAUAACCUUUUCAAUACGAAUUUGAAUAAAGCCAUAAAACAAACAAAACAACCCAAGAAGCGUCUUAAAACAAGAUACUCAUGGAUUUUCGGUUAAAUUUGCAUUUUUCGAACGCAACAUAAGUCGAAAGACCACGACGACGACGACGACGACAGCAACAACAAGAACUACCAACCUGUAGCAAGUCAUAUCCAACCAGGCACAAAGAAGACUUUGAGUUUAGUUCUCUCUCUCUCUUCGUAACUCACUUUCCGACCAGGUGGAUGUUCAUUGGCUCUCAUAGCUGGCAAAAAGCUUUUAAUUUCAGCUCGAAUACACCACGAGACCUGUGUUAGCGCUGUCGCUGGCCCAUGCUGAGAAUUCCACCUCGCCGACUUGAUUUGUGGUGUGCUUUAGUUGGUGUUUUUGCAUACGACUUUUUGUAAUAAAAGAAGAAGAAAAUCGGUUUUGGCUCUUUAACUUUUAAAAGUUCGAGAAAUUUUACUGUGCUGCGUUUGAAAGUGUCAGUGUAAAUGAAACAUUGAUACCGAUCGGAAGGACAAAUUGCAGCUGGUGCGCUUGUGCUGAAGAUCAUUGUUUCUCAUACAUAAAAGAAAAAAAUCAAAAAAAAAACAUAAAUAAUUUUUUUUUUGUCUUGAAGUUUAAGUGCAAAAAAAUAUUUCAUAGAAAAAGAAAUAGUUCAAGUGUUUAAUAUCAAGCCAAAUAAUUUUUAGAAAAAAUGGCAAAACUUUUUGUAGUUUUUGCCGUUUUAGCCGUUGCUGUAACAACAGCAUCGGCCACCACCUAUGAUCGUGUGAAACGUCAAGCCAGCACCGAAGAGCCCAAGAAAGAGGAAUCUUUCGAAAAGGAGUUGUGUAAAGACAAAGAUGCCGGUGAAUGGUUUCGCUUGGUAGCCGGUGAAGGUGAUAACUGUCGUGAUGUCAUUCAAUGUACCUCAUCGGGUCUCCAAGCCAUCCGUUGCCCAGCCGGUUUGUAUUUCGAUAUUGAAAAGCAAACUUGUGAUUGGAAGGAAUCCGUAAAGAAUUGUAAAUCCAAGAACAAGGAACGUCGCGUCAAGCCCUUGCUGCACACCGAUGAGCCUUUGUGUCAGGAUGGUUUUCUGGCUUGCGGUGAUGGCAACUGUAUCGAACGUGGACUCUUCUGUAACGGCGAAAAGGAUUGCGGAGAUGGCUCAGAUGAAAACUCUUGCGACAUUGACAAUGAUCCCAACCGCGCUCCUCCCUGUGAUCCUGUCGUGUGUGUGUUGCCCGAUUGUUUCUGCUCUGAGGAUGGUACCGCCAUUCCCGGUGAUUUGCCAGCCAAGGACGUUCCCAUGAUGAUCACCAUCACCUUCGAUGAUGCCAUCAAUAACAACAACAUUGAAUUGUAUAAGGAAAUGUUUAAGGGACGCAAGAAUCCCAAUGGUUGUGACAUCAAGGCCACCUACUUCAUCUCACAUAAAUACACCAAUUACUCGGCUGUACAGGAAACUCAUCGUAAGGGUCAUGAAGUUGCUGUCCACUCCAUUACCCACAAUGACGAAGAACGUUUCUGGUCCAAUGCCACCGUUGAUGAUUGGGCUAAGGAAAUGGCUGGCAUGCGUAUUAUCAUUGAGAAAUUCUCCAACAUCACCGACAACUCCGUUGUAGGUGUGCGCGCCCCUUACUUGCGUGUGGGUGGCAACAAUCAAUUCACCAUGAUGGAAGAGCAAGCCUUCUUGUAUGAUUCCACCAUCACCGCUCCCUUGUCCAAUCCCCCGCUAUGGCCCUAUACCAUGUACUUCCGCAUGCCCCAUCGUUGCCAUGGUAACUUGCAGAGCUGCCCCACUCGUUCUCAUGCUGUCUGGGAAAUGGUCAUGAAUGAAUUGGAUCGUCGUGAGGACCCCACCAAUGAUGAAUACUUGCCCGGUUGCGCUAUGGUUGACUCCUGCUCCAACAUCUUGACCGGUGAUCAGUUCUACAAUUUCUUGAAUCACAAUUUCGAUCGUCAUUACGAUCAAAAUCGUGCUCCUCUUGGUUUGUACUUCCAUGCUGCCUGGUUGAAGAACAAUCCCGAAUUCUUGGAUGCCUUCUUGUAUUGGAUCGAUGAAAUCCUGGCCAAUCACAAUGAUGUCUACUUUGUGACCAUGACACAGGUUAUCCAAUGGAUGCAGAAUCCACGCACCAUCAGUGAAGUCAAGAACUUCGAACCCUGGAGGGAGAAGUGUACCGUCGAAGGCAAGCCUGCCUGUUGGGUGCCCAAUGCCUGCAAGUUGACUUCCAAGGAAAUUCCCGGAGAAACUGUCAACUUGCAAACCUGCGUAAGAUGUCCCAACAACUACCCAUGGGUCAAUGAUCCCACCGGUGAUGGUUUCUUCUAAGUCAGCAACAACAACUCCACCCAAAACAAAAAACAAAACGCCUUUUAAACUAAGCACAACAAAAAAUUCUCUAACUUAAACAAAACAAAAAAUUAGCUACCCUUACGAAAAGUUUCCUAAGAAUCCUUCCUCUCGCUCUCCUUCUAUUUCUUCCUAAGAACCUAUACACACAUACACACAACUAACACCCUACGACACACACACACGCACAUACACUCCUUAAUUGCCUUCCUCAACUCUGUGCGAGUGCUCGAGUACAUCUCUAGCAACGACAUUCGAACUUUGUAAAUAAUUUCCAACUUUUUUUCUUAUCGAAAUCUUUUGAAGCGCAUCUUUGAGUUCUUUUUUAGUUUGUUUAUUAAUUUUAUUUUUUUUUUUAAUUUCUUUUUUGUUACAAAACAAUAAUAUAUCCAUGAAUAUAUAUUUUUUUUAAUUUCUCAAUUUGCAAAGACUUUUUAGUUGGGCCUUUGAGCUUCUCCUGCCUCUCCAAACACAUAAAGGAGAAGCUCAAAGGUCAUUGCUGUGUUAAUUAUAAAAAGAAAACAAGAACAAAAAUAAAACAAGUAAAAAAAUGAAUUUCGAAAUGAGAAGAAGAAAAAAUCUAAAGAAAUCCCCUAAGGAGGACGCCAUCUUUGGGGCGUCUUCUCAUCCAUCAGUGGUUUUUCUUUCUUUCGUUUUUUUUUUUUUUUGAUUAAUUUUGUAGAAUAUUAUGUUAUUUGUAACGUACUAUAUUUAAAAUAUUAUUAUAUGACAUUGCAUACAUACAUACAACAACAACAAACCGCAUACAACAGACACAUGCAAUGAAUGUUUUUCUGUAUUGAUUGUUCAAUUUACUAUGUGUGUAUCGAACGAGACAACAAAACAAAAACAUUAAAAUGGAAAAAACAAGAAAAAGACGAAAAUAGUAAGACAUACAAUAUACAAAUUGUAAACAUACAACAACAACAACAACAAAACAAAACAAAUAAUAAAAAACAAUAAAAAUUGAAAAAAACAACACA